UUCAAAAUCCACCCCGCCCUUUCUCUCUCUUUCUCUCUCUUCCUUCUCCACUGUCUUCUCUCUUCUGCAACACCAAAAGACCGAUCGGCCUCUCUCUCUCCAUCUCAAGGACGAUCACCGAGCCCCAAACCUCACCUAUCGAUCCUAGGGUUUCCGAUUUCCACUUCAUAAUCUGAAGAUCGAGGCCAAGUUCACCGUUUCCAAUGGAAGCCUGACUCCAUGGAACCUCUGACGAGAUAAUCGGUGGGAACUGGCGGAGAGGAGUCAUGUCCAUUUACCAAAGAACAAGACUCUGAUUCUGAUCCUCGUGUCUCUCUGUCUUCUCGGAGCGACUGAGCUGACGGGUCAUGGAUUUCGCCAGCUGCCCGUUCUGCGACUCGACGGUCCCGUCCUCAGAGCUUGAAAGAUCAGUAACGAAGAUGGUGAGAGAGUCGCAGAUCUGCAAAUCAUCGCUAUCUUCCCACGGACCUCGAGCAAAUCAUCCUCCUCCAUGAACAGUGCAGGGGGAAGAAGAAGAACGAAGAUGGUGACGUCCUUGGCGGAAGGGAGAGUGGUCUUGAUGAGGAGAGGGCGGGCUCGGGGACAUGAACGGUGGAGUGGGGGAGGAGAUGAUGAACAGUGACGUGGAGGAGGGGUGGGGCAAAAUUGAAAAUUUCGAAAAUGUUUUGGUCAUUUUGAAAUUUUAAAAGUUUGUAGCGAGGUAGAAACGAAGUAUAAUUUCGUUUCCAAACAGGCUCUAAAUCACUCAAAUCAAUGCCAAUUGCCCGUAUAAAGAAUGUUUUGGCAUUUGCCAGAGGAGACAAACGUUGCUUCUCUUCCAUCAGCCUCUCGCCACUAGUAGCCUAUCUAUCUAUGUAUACCACUCUCUCAAUAUCUUCACACGAACAUCCAAAGCCUCCCAUAUGAUUCUCUAAGCAGGUCCCCGGCUCGUGUUGAUAGGAUUCGACUCGCCUAAAUGGUGUGCGUCUUGUUCGUUGAAUCACCAUACAUAGAUAUCCUUUCUUGCCUUCCCCAUCUGCAGAUACGGAGGACCGAAGUCGAUUCAUUCGGCGAUAUUAUCUUCACACGAUCGGUAUCUAUGUUUCGGACUUUCUCGUAGAUUGCAUCACCUGCCUCCUGAUUAGCAGCAGAAACCGCAAACGCAGUGUACAUAUAUAGGAUUGGCUUCUGACCCUGUUGCUCUAUAAAACUGCUGUGCUUCAGUCACUCCACACAUGGUAUAAGGAAUCCCGCCGAAUAUUUUGCAAAUUCUUCUGCUUGGAUAUGGCUCUUCAUGAUCAGUCCCUCGAGCUUGCCGAUCCGUUAUUGGACGAUGAUGGCCGUCUGAGGAGAACAGGAACCUUGGGGACUUGUGUUGCUCAUAUCAUCACUGGUGUUAUUGGCUCUGGAGUUCUGUCCUUAGCUUGGAGCGUCGCACAGUUGGGGUGGAUAGGGGGCCCUGUUGCCUUGCUUUGCUUCGCUAUCAUCACCUAUUUCUCAGCUUCCAAGCUUGCCGACUGCUACCGCUAUCCCGAUUCCGUUAAUGGGAAGAGAAAUUAUUCUUACAUGGAUGCUGUGCGAGUGAACCUUGGCUACAAAAGGAUGUUGCUUUGCGGUUUCCUUCAGUAUCUGAGCAUGUUUGUCACAGGAGUUGCUUAUGUGAUCACUGUUUCAACCUGUAUGAGGGCUCUUCUCAAGGCAAACUGUUACCACAGAGAAGGACACCAGGCCAGUUGCAAGUCUAGUGAUGCUUUCUAUAUGCUGAUAUUCGGAGCUGUUCAGAUAGUCAUGUCGCAGAUUCCUGAUUUCCAAAACAUGGAGUGGCUCUCUUGGGUGGCCACUAUCAUGUCCUUCUGUUACUCGACUGUCGGACUUGGACUAGGUUUAGCAAAAGUAAUCGGAAAAGGGAAAUUCGAGGGAGGAAUCACGGGCGUUCGAAUGUCUGGUCCCGCUAAAAAAACAUGGACAGUCUUUGAGGCAUUAGGAGAUGUUGCCUUUGCCUACCCUUACACUCUCAUUCUUCUCGAGAUACAGGAUACCUUGAAGUCGCCUCCACCGGAGAACAAGACAAUGAAGAAGGGAUCGUUGCUUGCAAUCAUUGUGACCACUUUCUUUUACUUUGCCUGUGGGUGCUUCGGGUAUGCAGCCUUAGGGGAUAGCACGCCCGGAAAUCUCCUGACUGGAUUUGGAUUCUACGAGCCCUUCUGGCUGAUCGACUUUGCUAAUGUCUGCAUCAUUAUGCAUUUGGUGGGAGGAUAUCAGAUAUACAGUCAACCGAUAUUUGCCACAUUUGAGCUGUGGUUCGCGAGGAAAUUCCCAAACAGCGGGUUCAUCAGCACGUUCUAUACGAUGAAAUCUCCCAUCAUCCCGUCAUUCCGCAUCAGUCUGUUCAGGCUCUUUUUUAGGACAUCGUACGUAGCAUCCACGGUUGGGAUCGCAUUGGCCUUCCCGUAUUUCAACUCGAUCCUCGGAGUGUUGGGGGCAAUCAACUUUUGGCCUCUGGCGAUAUACUUCCCAUUUGAAAUGUACAUCUUGCAGAGGAAGAUCACGGCCUGGUCUAGGGAAUGGGUUGCCCUGAGGACACUAAGCUUAAUCUGCUUGAUAGUGAGUCUUUUGGGCUUUGUAGGGUCUUUUGUUUCAAUCAUUAGUGCCAAAUUUAACCUUUAACUCUGUUCUUCAGCAUACACAGUCGGCAUCAGACUCGAGUCUUGAUAUAAUAUGUAGUGCUCGACCCAUUUAUUUAAAGGGUCCGUUUCGAUUCGGUCUGCAGAGUUUGUCUGCAGCUUCAUAAAUGCCAUCUUUUCGGUUAUUAUAGUCUCAA